AAGGGUGAUGCAAAAGGCACGUUUGAUUGUCACCGAGGUUGAAUCUUGGGCUCGUAAGAAUUUCGAGAUCACGUGUUAUUGCGAUCAUUUUUCUGUUGUUUUGCACUCUGGUUCUCGGGAUCACCACGUCGUGGUUCAACUGUACGAAGGAGAAUUACGCGUAAACACAAGUAUCAAAAGUUGGACCGAGUGCAUCAAGACGGUGGUUCGACGUAACCUGAGCAACUUCAUGGAUACUGUUCUCUCGAUUCCGGGAGUGUUCACUGGAUUGCUGAAACGUCUUACUGAUUUUGCGUUAAAAGCUCUUACUGAAAAUGAACAUGAAAAAAGCUCUAAAUGUAAAUGA